AGCUAUAUUUUGAAGGCCAAGGCACACAUUUCCUCGUCGCAUGUCACUUCCAGGCACCGCAAAGCAAAACAUUACACCAAAGACAGUGCAAAAUAUUUGAGAAAGAGAGAGAGAGAGAGAGAGAGAGAGAGAGAGAGAGAGAGAGAGAGAGAGAGAGAGAGAGAGAGAGAGAGAGAGAGAGAGAGAGAAGAGAGAGAGAGAGAGAGAGAGAGAGAGAGAGAGAGAGAGAGAGAGAGAGAGAGAGAGAGAGAGAGAGAGAGAGAGAGAGAGAGAGAGAGAAGAGAGAGAGAGAGAGAGAGAGAGAGGGAAAGAGAGAGGAGAGAGAGAGAAGAGGAGAGAGAGAGAGAGAGAGGAGAGGAGAAGGAGAGAAGAAGAGAGAGAGAGAGAGAGAGAGAAGAGAGAGAGAAGAGAGAAAGAGAAGAGAGAAGAGAGAAGAGAGAGAGGAGAGAGAGAGAAAGAGAGAGAGAGAGAGAGAGAGAGAGAGAGAAGAGAGAGGAGAGAGAGAGAGAGAGAGAGGGAAUGCAAAAAUUGAUGGCAUAUGAUCAUACAUGGGGCGCUAUGCAGAGAGAGGGAGAUAGGUGGAGACACGGAGAGGCGCUUAUGGCGGGAGCCACGGACGAGAGAGUGUGGCGGGGAGGGAAGGGAGUGGCAUGGCAAGAG